AUGGCUCAAGCCGUGAACACCUCCGCCACCUCGCUGGAGAUCAACGAGGGGGCUGUGACUUCUACCAACAAAACCGUGGAGGGUGAAAAGUCGGCUGGUGUGAACUACACCAAGCCCCAGAAGGGUCUCGUCUCUGCUUCCUACAAUGUGUACAUUGGUGAUGAAGAUCCUACUGAGGACGACCUGCAUGGCCCGAAUGCCUUGCGUCGUAUCUCUGCCCCCAUCCCGUGGUCUGUGUACACUGUUGCCUUCGUCGAGUUGUGCGAGCGUUUCUCGUACUACGGAACCCAAGUCCUCUACUCCAACUUUGUGAACCACUCUUUGCCUCUUCCCUAUCCACAAGGACCUCCUGGUUCAAAUCACAAUACUGGUGCUGGCGGUGGCUCUUUACAGGGCGUCUCUGGAGCUCUGGGAAAGGGUGUCGAGGUAGCUAACGGAGUGAACACUUUCAACACAUUCUGGUGCUACAUUAUUCCAUUGUUCGGUGCCUACCUUGCUGAUGAAUACUGGGGACGAUACAAAACCAUCUGCUGGUCGAUUGGCUUUGCCAUCAUUGGACACAUCAUUCUGGUCAUCUCUGCCAUCCCUCCCGUCAUUACCAACACCGACGCUUGCUUUGGCGUCUUCAUGUUGGGUGUCAUUAUCAUGGGCUUCGGUACCGGUGGUUUCAAGCCCAACAUCUCCGCCCUGGUUGUGGAGCAGAUUCCUGUCACAAAAUUGAAGGUCCGCACUCUGCCCACUGGCGAGCGUGUGGUCGUCGACCCGACUAUCACCCAGAGCAGAAUCUAUCACUACUUCUACCUGUUCAUCAACAUUGGUGCGCUGGUCGGUCAGAUUGGUAUGGCUUAUGCUGAGAAGUAUGUUGGAUUCUGGCUCUCCUUCUUGCUGCCCACCAUGAUGUUCUUGACUACUCCCUUCAUCAUGUGGUGGGGACGCAACCGUUACCGCCAGGCUCCUCCUCAGGGUUCGGUCACCUCGAAGGCUGUGCGUGCCUUCUCCUACGCCCUGGGUUCCCGCUUUUCUUGGAACCCGGUCAAAUUUUGGAAACGCACGCACGAUGGUACUCUGUGGGAGACCGUCAAGCCUUCUAACAUCCCUCCAGCUCUCCGCCCCCACUGGAUGACUUUCGAUGAUGCCUGGGUUGACGAGGUGCGCCGUGGGUUUUCUGCCUGCGCUGUCUUCUGUUACUACCCUUUGUACUGGCUGGCAUACAACCAGUUGACCAACAACCUGACGGCCCAGGCUGGAACUAUGACUCUGCUCGGCGUGCCCAACGAUGUCGUCAACAACCUUGACCCCUUCGCCCUCAUCCUUUUCAUCCCCAUCUGUGAUCAGUUCCUGUACCCGGCUCUGCGCAAGGCUGGUUUCCGAUUCACUGCCAUCAAGAAGAUCUUCGCUGGAUUCACCUUGGCUGCCUUGGCCAUGGUCUGGUCCGCCGUCUUGCAGUUCUACAUUUACAAGACUUCGCCUUGUGGUAACCAAGCCAACAACUGUUUCUCGGCCGAUGGCAAUGUCAACCCUUCCCCAUUGAUCGUCUGGAUCCAGGCAGGCGCCUAUGUCCUCAUUGCUUUCUCUGAAAUCUUUGCCUCGAUCACCUCACUGGAGUACGCAUACUCCAAGGCUCCCUUCAACAUGCGUUCCCUGAUCCAGGCCAUCUCGCUCUUCACCAACGCCAUCUCCGCCGCCAUCGCCGAGGCUCUGAACCCGCUGUCCCGAGACCCCCUGCUGGUCUGGAACUACGGUGUCUUCGCCGUCCUGGCAUUCGUCGGCGGUAUCCUCUUCAUCAUCCAAUUCUGGGGCCUGGACAAGGAAGAAGACGCGCUGAACAACCUGCCCGCGGGCCAUGUCGAGGCGGAUGAGAAGAUUCCCGAUCGUGCCAUGUUUGAGGCUGCUGAGAUUGGCCCUGUCCGUGGUUAA